UUGAAGAUUUCCAACCGGAAGUUACGUACAGUAUCCCGUCCAACUUGACAGCGUGUCUUUAGAGCAGCCGAGCAGCAGCCUGUCUGCUGGAGAGAGAGACAGAGGAAAAGUUAGUCAAGAUGGCAAAUCUCACAGACCCGGAGUAAAGGGGCACAGCUCCCGGACUGAAGCUGAGCCCGACGCCUGUUGAGACAAACCCAACAAUGCAAACUCUGCCGGAAGGCUUAAGAGGGAUUCCCUGAAGGAAAAUGCCAGUGAGGCUGAAGCUGAUGUGACACAAAGUGUGCUGGAAGAAGGCUGACUCAUCAAAUAUCAAUCCCUUUGGGAGCUGACAGCCGAAAGCAGCUCAUAUCAGCUAAUGCCGAACUAGAAGAGCACCCCACACCCCCCCAAAGCUUUCACAACAGAGAUUAUCAGACAGAAGAAGACGGCGCAGAAACCCUGCCAGCAGGAAUAUAUUCACAUCCAGAUUUGGAGACUGCUGACCUGCUGUCGCUGCUGCCAAGAAAGCUAGGAAUGGCAUUACAGUGCUUCAGCUGAAACCUCAACGACUGCUCUGCACAUUCAAACAUCAACGAUCAGCUGAGAGAAACACAGACACCCCACCUGCAUCCACACCCAGAGUUUAUCCAAGCCAUCUGGGUGAAGUCGCUCCCCACAGUCAGUCUCCCCCACAAUCACGCCUUCACAGACCAUGAUGUUUCGUGAUCAGGUGGGAGUGCUUGCAAGCUGGUUCAAGGGUUGGAACGAGUGCGAGCAGACAGUGGCUCUGCUGUCCCUGCUGAAGAGGGUGAGCCGGACCCAGGCCCGCUUCCUGCAGCUCUGUCUGGAGCACUCCCUCGCUGAGUGCACCGAACUGCAGGUCUUGGAGGGAGAGGCCAACAACCCAGGCGUGAUCAGCCAGUGGCAGGGUGAGUCGAAGGAGCGGGUCAUCUCCCUCGUCCUUACCCAUCUCCCGCUGCUCAAACCUGGCAACGUUGAAGCCAAGAGCGAGUACAUGCGCCUGCUGCCACGCAUCCUGGCCCACACCAUCGAGCAUGGCCACCACCUGGAGGAGUCUCGCCAGCUGCUCUCUUACGCUCUCAUCCACCCCGCCACCUCCCUGGAAGACCGGGCCGCUCUGGCUCUCUGGCUCAACCACCUGGAGGAGAGAGCCGCUGCCCGAGGAGACUCACUGGAACGACCUCCCCCAUCUGGGCAGCACCACCACCACCACCAGUCCACUCCUCCGUCUACCCUCAGCUCAUCUGGAUCCUCCUCCUCCACGAACACCUCUUCAUCAGGCAAUCUCUACUCGUUGCACCACCAGCGCUACGGCUCGGACGACCGCCUCAACGGGUGGCAGGGCUCCAGAGAUUCAGGGCUGGGCGGAGGCUGGCAUCAGCAGCAGGGCUGUGAGAACGGGCACCUCCUUCUCUACCCAUCAUCCUCUGUGCCGGCAACCAUCAACACAGUUGGAACUGGUGGAGGAGGUAACACAAUCCUGUCUAGUGGAGGCGGCAUCCAGCAGCACAGUCCCCUCAAACGCUCCGUGUCUCUAACGCCUCCAAUGAGCGGCCCCAGCAACCAGCCUCUGGGCCACGUCUGGCUAUCACAGGAGGAUUUACGGACCGCUCGAGGCCCAGCCCCGGACCACGCGCCUCUCUCACCCCAGAGCAGCAUAGCGUCUUCAGGCAGUGGAGGCAGCGAGCACCUGGAGGAGGCUGGUUUAGGGUCAUUGCAUCGCAGCUCCUUCCAUGAGGACGGCAGCGGCAUGAGGGGAUUCAGGAGGAGGGAAAAACUGUCACCUGUCCUGGAUAAAAACCUCUAUGUUCCCGCGUGGCUGAAGAGUCUCCGUCUCCACAAAUACGCUGCUCUCUUCUCCACGAUGACGUACGAUGAGAUGAUGUCACUGACGGAAGAGCAGCUUGAAGCACAGAAAGUCACCAAAGGAGCAAGACACAAGAUUGUAAUCAGCAUCCAGAAGCUCAAAGAGAGGCAGAAUCUUCUUCGCAGCCUGGAAAAGGACGUGUUGGAAGGCAGUAACCUGCGCGCCCCGCUGCAGGAGCUCCACCAGAUGAUCAUGACGCCUAUCAAAGCCUUCAGCGGUGGAGAUGAGGCCUCCAUGCAGCGCCCCCUGCUGAGCGCAGAGGGCAAGAGUGCUGCGCCCGGCUCCCACCUGAGCAGCAGCAGCAGUGGUGGAGGAGAAGCUGAAUCAGGCUCAAGUGUCAUUGCAGAGGGAGAUUUACCUGGCCAGUUUACUCGGGUCAUGGGAAAAGUUUGUACUCAGCUACUGGUGUCAAGGUCAGAUGAGGACAACAUCAGCUCCUACCUACAACUCAUCGACAAAUGCCUCAUCCAUGAGUCCUUCACUGAGACGCAGAAGAAGAGGCUGUUGUCAUGGAAACAACAGGUCCAGAGGCUGUUCCGGUCCAUUCCAAGGAAAACCCUCCUCGACGUAGCAGGGUACCGACCACAGAGGAGCCGAUUUGGCCAGUCCAAUUCUCUCCCCACCGCUGGCUGUGUUGGGGGCAGCGUGUCGGCCAGGAGGAGCCUCCGCCAGUUCCAGAUGCCCUCCAGGAGCUUGCCAGGUGCCAGACUGAACCUGUUGAGCAGUGGAGGGCUGCUGGGACCUACACCUCGCAGCUCCAGCAGCACACCCACCGGUCCCAAGCAGGGGAGACAGGGUUUGUGGUUUGCCAACCCCGGAGGAAGCAACAGUAUGCCCAGCCGGACUCACAGCUCCGUGCAGAGGACCCGCUCCCUGCCGGUCCACACCACCCCACAAACCAUGGUCAUGUUCCAACAAGCUGAUCUUCAGUUACCGGUGACAGAGCCAGACAUCAACAACCGCCUUGAGUCUCUGUGUCUGAGUAUGACGGAGCACGCCUUGGGAGACGGUGCAGACCGCACAUCAACAAUAUGAAACGAGGACCUGAGCGAGAGCGGUAGGACAGCGCGGGUUCACAAGGCUCUCUCACGUUAAGUCACCUCGAGGUCACCAGCUCCUCCUGUCCCCUCUCCCUGUAGCCAAUGGCAGAGCUCAACCAAAGGAUCGGGACCGGAAUCAAGAAACACAAAGGAGCCAACCAACACACGGCUAACAAGAGUCUACCACACAGGGACCGUCCGUCGAGGUGUAAAAACACACUUCCUGCUCCGCCAGCACGCUCACAGUCACCUGCAUCUGGGUGAGGAGAGAGAACAGCAUCAGACACGGCCUGGACAGUGUGUGAACAGCGCCCCCUCACCAGGGAGGCCCAAAGCAGCACUGCAGACCGGUCAGAAAGGAGAUGCUGGCUCUUGGAUUAGAGCCCAGUGGGGCUAAGGCCCUUUCCCUCUCAAACACCUUCUGGUCCCCACACAACGAUUACGGCUCGGGACAUCUUUAAAAUCUGUUUCAGUACCUCAGACCCAGAAUCAAGACAAAACACGCAGAGUUAGAUCGACACAGAGGGAGGACCGAGCGUCACGAGCACAGAGGAAGGCCCCUGGCUCUAUUGGGUGGAAAAAAAAUCAUUAAUAUGUAUUGUAUGUAUUUAUUGUUUACAUUAUGAUGCUACUUUCAAAGGGUACAGGAACAUGGAUGAAUUUCAGGUAUGAAUUGUGUAAUAUUCUGUAAAGCCUCGGCUAUCUACCAGCUUUAUGUCCCACAAGUAGCCAUCACGCUAGUUUACAACCAACGUGCAUAUUCUUUAUUUCAGCAGCAGAUGCUCAAACAAUUUACCACGAGAGAAAGAGAGAGAGCAGAGAGAGACAGAAGAGGGGAGAGCAGACGUUUGAGGAGGAGAAGUGGAAGAAGUUGAUGUGAGAGAAAGACACAGGAAGUAGUAGAAGAAAGAAGGAGGCUGAAGUGAUACUGGAAAGGGAAGCGGAUGUUUAAAGGAGAAGGACAUCAGAGGCAGGACCUUUGGCCGGCUGAAGAGGACAGAGGAAGGUGAUGUCAUGUCUAAUCAUAUUGUAAGUGUGUUCAUGUGAGUAAGUGUAGGAGGAAGGGAAUUUGGCACCAGUCAGUUAUGUAUUGUUUAUCCAUAGCAUGUACUGUAUGAACUCUUUGUUUUCAGAGCCUUUGUAGGCACAGUGUAGGUUUCUGUAUGAGUAAAUGGGAGAUGGAUACAGCUGUAUCAUCAGUGGGAUUUAUCUGCAUGUUCAGAUGUUGGGUUUAGUUAUUUUUCUAAAGCAGGGUGAUGUGCUUAAGCUGCAUGUUACAGCUAACAUGUCUGUCUUGGGGAAAAGACGGACAGUGAAACGGUUAGCAGCAGACGAAAUAGAAGAGCUCUCUGGUUUCUGCUCUGACCGUGUUGCUGAGACGAUUGAAACAUUGGAGAAAUCACACACUGUCAAUCCAUGAAGGGUAGUUUUCCCAGAGAUUGUCUCAUUAGUGCUUACCUCCACCUGCUGGCCAAACACAGCCAUGACAACAGAAGACCAUGAACACAGACUCUCUCCACACGAUCGUGUUUUCGUGAUGGAGACUCUCGUGUAUCGUGGUCGUCUGUCUGUCCUGUCACUGCGGGCCUACAUGGGAUUUAUUUACUUCUUUUUAAAUUCAGAAUCUCCAGUUAUUCUGUGUCUUAAUAUUUAUCCUCUGAUGUCUAUCGUGUCUGGACUUUAUUAGAGAAGAUUAUAUUGGAAAAGGUUGGUCAGGAAACACGUGUGCUGACAGACCUGAGUGUAAAAGGUCAACAGCGAGGGUUACUGAUUGUUAUUGUUUAGUUUCUUUAUUAUAGUUUGUUGCAAUUCAAUAGUACUUUUCUUUGUAUUCUGCACUUGAUAUAAUGUGAUACACUAAAUCCAAAUGUUCAAGGCUUAAAGCUACAGUUUAGAGCUGGAUCAAAUAGGUCAGGUCAGACGUAGAGCCUCAGUAUUCUCAGUGAGACAGAGGUCGACACGGAGCGUUGAUGGUCGGCAGAGACGACACUAAAUGGUUUCUGCUUGUCUGACGGUGAAUACAGGAGAAAGGACCAGGUUUGUGUUUGUGCAUGUUUUAGUCCAUUUACUACAAACAGAACGCACUUAAUACUCUAAAGAACUCUUUUGUCUUUUGUAUCUACACUUUAUUUUUGUUUUAGAAUAACUCAUGAGCUCGUAGAGACACUCCUCUUCGGUAAACAAAAAGUUCUUCAAAACUUUUAAUAUAUCUGCACAAAAAGACCCAAAAUGUUACCAUCUCGUCUGAGCUUUAUUCUAAUACAUCCUUCGUUUCUAAUGUAAUAGAAAUCAUUGUUUAAACAGGACACAGAGAUGUAGAACACUAAAGUGCAGCCAGCAGUGAUUCAUUCAGUGUCGCCUUAUAUUUAUGGGACUAAAGCAUGCAGAAAUGAUCCUAUGGUUCCUUUAUAUGUUACAUAAAUGAUUUCUGUUUGUCUGACGGUGAAUACAGGAGAAAUCUCUACAACACAUACAGUUAAAGGACCAGGUUUGUGUUUAUGCAUGUUUUAGUCCAUUUACUACAAACAGAACGCACUUAAUACUCUAAAGAACUUUAUUGUCUUUUGUAUCUACUUUUUAUUUUUGUUUUAGAAUAACUCUUGAGCUCAUAUAGACACUCCUCUUCACUAAACAAAGAGUUCUUCUGUUUGAAAGUGCAGUCAAAACUUUUAAUAUACCUGCACAGGCAAAACUAUUCAUGAUUUAGACAGUAAAAAUAAGCCUUAAUGAGUUACCAUCUCAUCUGAGCUUUAUGCUUAAACAGGAUACAGAGAUGUAGAACACUAAAGUGCAGCCAGCAGUGAUGCAUUCAGUGUCGCCUUAUAUUUAUGGGACUAAAGCAUGCAGAAAUGAUCCUAUGGUUCCUUAUAUGUUACAUAUUUGAUAGGUUGAAUGUAGCUCCAGUCACAGUGCAGUGACUGAGGCUUGAAACUGGACUCUGGAUGUGUGCACUCUCAGACAAACAGUCCACACACACCACACACAUAUACACACACUACUAUUGUUAAAGUGUGUACGACGUCGUCACAUCGCUGCACUCCUCAAAAAAUUGUAUUUCAUGUGUCGAGUGUGUUUCAUGUUGAAGACUCCACCAAAGCGUGAAUGUGACAUCAGCCCGGUGAAAUCCUGAACCAGGAUUCAGAUGUUACAUCCGAGACGUUUGUUUCUGAUGCUGAGAAGCAGCUUUGGGAUCUCGUCAUCAUGAUGAGACUGUUUCAGUAUCACUGCCAUAUGAAUCAGUACUUAAAGUAGAUGCAAUUAUUUAUUCUUUUUGUUUCAUAAUUUGUUGCAGAGGUGAUGCUGUUACUCAUUUAGGUGUAUUAUUAUUUAAAGUACCAUAUGUAUUAACGUGUUAUGGCUGGUGACCAUACGUACAUCUCAAAUAUUAACAUAGUUAUUGUUGACUUUGUUGUUUCUUUCAUUUUGUUGUUGUUGCUGUUGUUGGACGUAGAAUCUUUCUUUGUAUCAGUGUCAUGUUGAGAUUUUUUUCAUAUGAAGCGUCGCGGUUGGAGAGCAGCAGCCGAUUCUUCCAGACUCAUCCUUUUUAAUUCACUUUCAGAAGAGCUGUCUGCAAACAAACAGCAGUUUGUUGUUGUUGUUUUUGGUCUUUGGCAGGCCAGGAAGUAGACCAGUCCGUUGUGAUCUGGAGUCUGAACUUGGUGCUGUGGUCGUGUUGCCACCUCAGUCUGUGAUCCUGAGCGGGAGAGGCUGAUACUUUCACGGAUAAUGUCUGGAGUGGUAUGAAGUUUUCUUACUGUCAACAAAUCCCAUGGAAAUGUCAAAUUCAUGUAAGUUUUGAGGCGCAGUUAGCGUUACUUUCCUGAGCCCUGAGCACAUCGAACGCUUAAAGUCAGAAAGUAAUACUGGGCUGUUUGUUAAAUCAGGUGGUCAUGCAAAUUUUGAGCAAAGACAACUGAAUCUUGGGAAAGGGGUGCACUUGUUGUGGAUAGUCUCACUGGUUGAUCUAUCUUUUAUGGGAUUUUUUUACAUUAAGAAACAGGAAUCAUAUCUCCAGAUUCAUCCCUGAAACAUGUUCGACAUCACUUGUCAAAGCGAUGAAACCUGCAGUCAGUAAAGAAAUCAAAGGGAUUAUUAAAACUGUCGUACUUUUGCAGUAUUGUUAUGAACUUUCACAUCCUGGUGCCGUGUUUGAGUUCUAAAGGUGUUCUGGAGAAAUGUCUGUGCCACAUUUUAUACAAAUACUGACUGACAGAGUUUCAGUAACCUGAGUUUGUGUGUUCUUUCUAAAAAAAAAAAAAAAGCUAACAGAGUAAAGUUCCAUGUUUUGUGUUUCGAGUGUGAAACAGCAGCACAGGCCUCCAGUUUCCACAGUUUCCUUCAGCUUCUCUGGGUCAGAGAGACGACUGUGUGAACACAAAACACACCUGUGACGGGACGUUCAGCUCUGAGGUCCGGAUCGUUACUCUUCUCUUCAAACCAAAUGCUUUGUUUUUAUUUUCUCUGAAUGCAUAUCAGCUGUGUGGGUGCUUCUAACGCCGUGCACACUGCAGUAUUAACAGUUAGAUAACGCCUUGAUAUUCCAAAAACAUUUAAUGUACCUUAAGUUGAGACAUAUAUGCUGUUUUGUAUCUUUUAUUUUUGUCAUAGACUCUUCAGUUUAGUCAGUUUAUGUCAUUAUGGGAUGCCAAGACCUUUUUUUUUUUUUUUUUUUUUUUGUAAAUUCAGCAGCAUCCAUUCUGUAACAAAGUGUUACCGCUUGACUGUGCUCCUUUAUUUCAUUUAGUUUUAUUUUAUCAAAUAGCCGAUGUCCUGUAUUGACUGCAGGCUUACGUAUAUAUUUGACAAAAGAAUAUUGUAUGUUUAAUAAUAAAAAAAGACGAAAAAAGACAAAAAAUUGGAGAAAAUGCAGAAAAAAGAAGGAAAGCGUUGAAAAAAAGUGUAAUUUAUAUUUUAAAAAACUGCAUGCACAAGGCUGGGAGAGUCAUAUUUAGAAUAACAAAUGGCAGUGCCUUUUUUUGUACUCGAGACAUUUCACCCAAAAUGUAAAAUGGUUUUAUACAGACUUUAAAAAAACUGUCAUGUUACAGGAUGAAACUAGUGAUGGCUGUCGGCUCACGUUCACACUGCGGCUGGAAGUGCUGCAACUCAGAUUGUUCCCUCAUCCCUGUACGAUCUGCUUCACAGAUAAUCUGUGUCACAAAUCAUCGAUGUGUUUGGAGGUCGAAAGGUAGAUCUAUUGAUCUGCUUUGAUGGGACAGAGCUGCUCACUGUGAGGAUCAUUCUAAGAUCAUUGAUUUCUUUUAUUAUCAGAGACUCUUAAACUCCUGUAAGUGAUGAUGAAUCCUCGUCUUUACUGAUGAGUGACACAUUACUGUGAUUAACUGUAAAUGCACCAAGAUGCCUCAAAAUCCCCCAAAUUCAUUCAUCUCCUCGAUUUGUUCUAACACAUCUCGCCCCUCCUGUGAUCUGAUCUGUGUUUUUCUACCAGACGUGACUUUAGUGUUUUUGUUGUAAAGUGGAUCAGAACCCAACAAGACUGGACUGACUCACAGAUUUAAAACCUCACAGCAGGUUGGAUUCAUUUUAAAGAUAAGUGACGUGAACGCAGCGGUCUGUGACUCUGGAUUGACCGGCGAUGCAGCAGUGUGAACGUGCCGCCGGCUGUAAGCUCAGUCUGUCGUGUGUGUACUCUGUAGGUACUCCUUCUUGCUGAUAUGAAGUUAUGGAUUAUUGUGGUCUGUAUAAAAACGGUGUGAAUGAGUGUGUGACAGUGCUGGUGUGUGUGUGAGAGUGUGUGAAUACAUUCAAGUGUUUUUCAGUGUCUUGCUGUAAUUUUGUCGCGAUGUACCAGAAUGCUGUGACUUGGCAUGCCCCUGUUAUACAUAAAAAAAAAGUUGUAACUCCUC